GCCGCUCCUGCAGCCACCGCUGCUGCCGCCACCGCCGGCAGCUCGAUGGGCUUCUCCUGUGCGCCGCCCGGUGUCUGGACGAGUCCGGGAAGCCGCGGCGCCUCGUGCCGGGGAGCCAUCGCUGCAGCCCGAGGUCGGGUCCCGGGUCGGGGGCUGCAGGGGGAGGCGACGGCGGCGGCGAAGGGAGCCCCACCGGGGGCCUGGCACUGGGGAACUGCCUCCGGCUUCACGAUGCCAGUAUGGACAGAAUAGCUUAUGAUGCUUAUCCCCACCCACCACUUCCGAGACAUUGAGCGGAAGCCAGAAUACCUCCAGCCAGAGAAGUGUGUCCCACCUCCCCACCACGGUCCUGUGGGAACCAUGUGGUUUAUCCGCGACGGCUGUGGCAUUGCCUGUGCCAUUGUCACCUGGUUUCUGGUCCUCUAUGCGGAAUUCGUGGUCCUCUUUGUCAUGCUCAUUCCAUCCCGAGACUACGUGUACAGCGUCAUCAACGGAAUCGUGUUCAACCUGCUGGCCUUCUUGGCCCUGGCGUCCCAUUGCCGGGCCAUGCUGACGGACCCCGGGGCGGUGCCCAAAGGAAAUGCCACUAAAGAAUUCAUCGAGAGUUUACAGCUGAAGCCCGGACAGGUGGUAUACAAGUGUCCCAAAUGCUGCAGCAUCAAGCCCGACCGAGCCCACCACUGCAGCGUUUGUAAGCGGUGUAUUCGGAAGAUGGACCACCACUGUCCCUGGGUCAAUAACUGUGUCGGCGAGAACAACCAGAAGUACUUCGUCCUGUUUACAAUGUACAUAGCUCUCAUUUCCUUGCACGCCCUCAUCAUGGUGGGAUUCCACUUUCUGCACUGCUUUGAAGAAGACUGGACAAAGUGCAGUUCCUUCUCACCACCUACCACAGUGAUCCUUCUCAUCCUGCUGUGCUUUGAGGGGCUGCUCUUUCUCAUUUUCACAUCUGUGAUGUUUGGGACCCAGGUGCACUCCAUCUGCACAGAUGAAACGAGUUUGCUGGAGCGCCCGGCACGGGCGAGAGACCGUUUCCCUCUGCGCACCCAGCAGAAAGCAGCGUCGAGCCAGAGGAAGGCGCUGGAAACCUCCACAGGCCGUUCCAGCACUUUGAGGAGCUCCUCCUCAUUCCUCCCGUGUCACCAGAGAACUCCACGGCCAUCCCCAAGGCAGUGGACCCCGGCUUGCCUCUCCUGUGCUCUUGAUGCCCUAAGUCAAGGCUGAGAGAACAAGGCUGCUUUCCACAUCCUGUACGAGGGACAGGGAGGGCUUUUACAAGCCUUUCAGCCAGAGGGAAAUGCUGCCCUCGGAAGAGAGGAAAACCCCGGGUUCCCUGUGGUUUUUCUCGCUCGCUUUCAUCAAAGCGGGAGACGUUUUGCCGGGAGCUCAGUGACUAGGGAUGGGGCUGUGGAGUGAUCGGCCCGCAACCUGGCAUCCCCACAGGAAGAAACGGGCAUCCCUGAGCAUCCCCGCAGCCUUCCCAGACAGCUGAGGACAGAGGACAUGUCUCCACACAAAGGCGGCCCCGGCUUUUGGCUCCGGCACAGGCGCUCCGACAGUGCUGGGUGGUGCGCGCUGGGCAUUGAGCUCAUGGCAGCCGUGGUCUUUCAGAGCCUGGGCCCUGGAGCGUGGCAGGGAAAGACAAAGAGGAAGGUGACGUGGCGAGCUGGAUUAGGUGACUCCUUCCCGCCUGGCCACCUCAGGCGUGUGCUCCUAGCAACUGAGCUGAACAUGCAUAGGCCUCCAUCCAGGCCGAUCUCCGCCUCUGGGCCCGGGCUUGGUGACCUCGUGCCCACAAAGUCAGUUUGGGGAGCAACGCGUGUGCCACACCGUUUCUUCCGUGGAAUACUUCAUCUCAGAAGAACCAAAGCGAGACACCUGGAAUGACCAGUACUUUCUCAUUCAGGCUCGGCUGCCGAGAAAGUUACGAGCCACCUUCCUGCUCCAGGGAUCUGUUGGCUGAGGGGGACUAAGAACUGUUUCUGAACCAGCUGUGGGAGGUGGGCAUCACCCAGAAAACGGAGGCUUCCGGAGGCCGCGUUGGGCUCCCCCAGCCAGGCUAAUGGGCCUUAAGUUCCUCUCUUCUCAGGGCUUGUAAGUGCAUCAGCCCCAAGGGUGAGCCACCCACCUGAGCCAGGGGUCUCAACAUAGAAGGGGCCCUUAAAUACCAAAGAAAUGGGAAAAGAGGAAGAUCUUGCUAGAAUCCCUCCCAAGGAUCUUCUUGCUGGUGGUGCCCGGAGGCCGUGUGUUUCCGAGUGUGGUCCCCAGACCAGCAGCAUCAGCAUCACCUAGGCACUUGUUAGAAAUGCCCGUUCUCAGGCCCCGCCCCAGACCUACUGAACCAGAAAUCCAGCAGUCUGGAUUGAACAGCUCUCCAAGAGACUGACACGCGCUCAAGUCCGAGAGUCCCUGUGGGGCGUGCAGGGGUCCCCCGGAGGUGGUCGGUCCCUGAUGCCUGCCAACGAUAUGGUCCCAUGUGGUGCUGGGUGGGGUGGGCUGACCGGGAGACCGUCUCCCCCUUACCACCCACAGCCUCCCCAGCAAAUGAUUCUGAGCAAACAAGAAAAGCCUGUUGGCUUGACGGGGAGCUCAACUGUUAGUCUGGCCAGCAGUCCUCCACAUUUCAUCUGUCCACCUGGGUUCUGCACCGAGGGGUUCAGUGGAUAUAAAGCCUUCACAGUGACACGGAAACCAGUUGCUGGCCAGUCUACUGUCCCCAAGUGGAGACUUCAUCCCCCCACCCUCUCCCUCAGGAAACAAGUCCUCGGUGGCAUGACUGCCAUGAGGACCCUAGCAAAUCGGAGUCGCCCCCAGGGGUCCACCCGCGCACACGGGAGCCAAGGAGGAGUGUUUGCAGAAGUCCCUGGGGGAAGCACAUGUCCUGAUCUGUGGACAUAAGGAUGCCCCGAAUCUCUCUGCUGCUGAGCUUACAUAGCUUGGUGACCGGGCAUUUAGCCCCUGGCCCCACCCAGUCUCUGGUUCAAGGCCCUGCUCAGUGACAUCCUUCGAGUGUGACUUUGGACCGUCGCUGACUUAAGCCUCUGUGAUCUGCUUUAAGCCUCCGUGAUCUCCCCUGUCAAACCAGGGAGGCCAUGUAAAUCACAAGGUCAAGGCGAGGACUGAAUGAGAGUCGUGACCGGAGCUGUGAGGAUGGCGUCCGGCACCCGGUGUGGCUUCAGUAAACGCUAGCGCUGCUAGACCUCUGCUCUUCAAACCACGGUCACAAGGUUCAUGAUCUGUGAGACCAGUUUGUUGGUGUGCAGCGGCCUUUUUAAAAAAUAAAUAAAUAAAAAUGGGUUACA